AAUAGAUAGACAAGAAAGGAUUUAAAUUGCAGUUUCUGAAAUUGGAAAAGGGAAUUUGCGAUUGCUACAGUCUGUUGGAGAUGGGUUCAGGGAAUUUGGGGUAGCACUAUUCAAAAACGCAAAAAAAAAAGACGAUUUGGGAUGGGUUUUGGUGUAUGGUUGGAGGUAUUUUCACUGCAAGAUUGGGUUUUACUACUGUUUUAGGGUAUGGUUGGGGAUGCCCAGGAAAAAAUUGGUUAUAACCUUCAAUGGCAACUGGAAAGACUCCAAACGAGAACCCCUCAUCCAUAGCUUCUACGCCAGCUGCAGCUUCAUGUCGGAAGAAGAAGAGUGAAAGUGCAACUUUCCUAGAGGAUGUGAAAGACCACAUUGAUGAAUUCAUCCAUGCUUCUAUGGACGAACACAAGACUUGUUUCCAAAAGACAAUCAAGAAGAUGUUCGGGAUGUCAAAAGCUGUUGCAGAGAAGAACUCUGAGGCCAAGGAAAUUGAAAGUUCUUUGCCUCUUCGAACGACUGUUGCUGAGUAAGGUGUAUUCUGCCCUGCCUUGACAUGAACUUAAUAGAUACUAGUAUAUUUAGUUGUUGUCACCAGUUUUAGAUAUGUGGAGUAAGUCAUCUUUGAGACUGUUACUUGGAACUUGGAAGUUAUUAACUUGAUGUGAAUCUUGUACUACUUGGCAACCUUGGGCCCAGACAAUUCAACAAUAUUCACAACAUCUUGUCAGUA